AUGGUGCGUUUUGGCGAGUACCUGGACCAGAAGCAGAGGAGCGAAUGGAGACCGCACUAUCUGGAUUACAAGGGCCUCAAGGACCUCAUCAAAGAGGCCCAGCAGGAGAUGGAGCAGCAGGGCACUGUGACAAAGAUCAACAAAUUCACCCAGGCCCAGGUGUCCUCUCUGAAGAAGCGCCUAAAGGCCCUGCGCGACCAAGAGGCCAAGGAGAUUGGUGAUGAGUUCCUGGCGCUGGAGAAGUAUGUGAACCUCAACUACCUGGGCUUCCACAAAAUCCUGAAGAAGCAUGACAAGGUGCUACCGCACGCGCCCUGCCAGCAGUUCUAUGUGGCCCACCUCCACCACCAGCCCUGGGUGCAGGGCAACUACUCGGACCUGCUGGUGCAGCUGAGCAAUAUCUACAGCCAGCUGCGUGGGGACGGCUUUGUGCGCUCCACAACUAAGUACUGGGUGCGCAUGACUGAUGUGUCCGCUGUGAAGCACCACAUCCUGCAGCACCUUCCAGUUUUCCAGUACAACGAGGGCUCGGAGGACCAGAGCGACUCGCAGCUGAUCAACAGCGUGUACCUGGACAACAGCAGCAUGGAGCUCUACCACGGACGCCUCGAUAAGCGCCCCAACGCCAUUGCCAUCCGCAUCAGGUGGUACGGCGACGGCGACCCGACGACGUGUUUCGUUGAGCGCAAGACGCACCGGGAGAGCUGGAAGGGCGAGGAAAGCGUGAAGGAGCGCUUCACUCUGCCGGAGGAGAAGAUGGUGCCCUUCCUGGAGGGCGAGUACACCCUCGACAAGGCCGUGCGCGACCUGCAGGCCAAGGGCAAGUCAGAGGGCGAGAUCGCAAAGUUCAGCAAGCUGUUUGGCGAGAUCCAACAGCAGAUCGACACGAAACAGCUGCGGCCAAUGAUCCGCACGCAGUACCUGCGCACGGCCUUCCAGAUCCCCUUUGACUCCACCGUGCGCAUCUCCCUCGACACCAACCUCACCAUGAUCAAGGAGAACCCCGACGACGGCCCCACCUGCACCGUCGCCGGCAGGUGGUACCGUGACCCGACGCUGCCGGUGCCGCGGACGGAGGUGACGCGUUUCCCCCACGGCGUGCUGGAGGUGAAGCUGAGCCUGCCCGAGGGCCAGACCGCGCCCGAGUGGGUCCAGGACCUCCUCGACUCCGGCUACCUCACCGAGGCGCGCCCUUGUGUCCCAGCUCUGAAGUGGGGUUCUGUGCGUGUAUUUGAGCAGGUGCACAAGUUCAGCAAGUUCAUCCACGGCACGGCGACGCUGCUGCCAGAGCUGGUGCAGGCGGUGCCCUACUGGGUGGACGACGAAUCCGUCCGCCCCUCCAUGCUCCAGCCGGGAGCGUCGGCGCCGGCGGCUGCCGCGGGGGUGCCGCCGAAGCCGCGGCGGCGCACGGGGAACGAGGUGGACGAGCUGCAGCACCCGCUGCUGGGCGACCAGCCCACGCUCCAACUCCUGCCACCGCGCGACGCCGUCGGCUUUGGGCGAAAGAAGGAGAAGAAGGGAUUCUUCGACUGGUACUUCAACAGCCGCAAGGCCAAGGAGCCUCCGGUCAUGGCGCGAACAACGCCGAUGCGCAUCGAGCCGAAGACCUUCUUCGCCAACGAGCGCACCUUCCUCUCCUGGCUCCACAUGGCCGUCACCAUCGGCUCCAUCGCCGCCGCCCUGCUCGGCUUUGUCGGCGUCGCAGACUCCUCCAAGCACAAGGCCCAGGCGACGGACUACCUUGUGGAAACCAUAGCGUUGAUACUGCUGCCGGUGGCCGUGCUGAUGUGCGCCUACGCGCUCACUGUCUUCAUCUGGCGCGCGCGAGCCAUCUCCAAGAAGCAGGUGGGCCACAUAGACGACCGCUUUGGUCCGCUGGGCCUGGCAGGGGUGGUGGUUUUGGCGCUGUCGGCCAUCCUCAUAAUCUCCAUUGUGGACUUUGUGCAGCAGAUGCAGAGCAAGACGGGCCCCCCGCCGGCGCCCCCCGCUCCCACCGAUCCCCUCCCCGACCCCACCUCCCUGCGCUCAGACCCCUUCGGCCUCCAGCGCGCCUUGUGAGGUCGGAAGUAUGUACCACGGUGAAAUAGAUAUCAUCCUUGGUGCAGCCUUGGCUCCUUCGGCCGCCAUCCUGCUCUCUGACUGCGCAGCUCUGGCAUGCAAACCAUCUUCCUGCAAUGUCUCAAAUGCCUUGCAGGAAUAAUAGGACAGUGCCGGUUCGGUGGGGCUGUUUUCCUCAUCCGGCUCACCAGUUUACCAGCGUAGGUCUGGGCGGAAUAUAAGCACAAACCUUGCGCUGGGGAGGUCUGUUGAAUGAGCGGGGAAUGAUGAAGAGGUUGAAAGGUGGAGAAUGACCUGAGUCUAGCCGAGCUGUUUGCUUGAGUCAGCGACAGGAUGAUGCUUGAGCUACAGGGGCUGUGGUAUUGCAGCGGCAUCUGAGGGCAGAGGCAAAGCCUUGUGGGAAGUUUGUGGUCAAUCGACUGAGGGCAAUGGAGCAGCAAAGACCAACCUAGAUGCAGAACUUGGUUUGACAUGCUUUCGACCCGCAUUUUUGGUCGCACUGCUUUUUGGCUGCACUGCACCUAAGCAACCAGCCAUUAGCUCAAGACUGCAAGACAGUGACAAACUAAUUUUUUGCUUACUCCCUUGGGUUUCCCAGGCUCUUCCUGGGUGAAACAUCCCCCAGGGACGUUCCCUGAGGGAACUGCAUUGAGGGAAAAUAUUGCAAUGUCGUGGUUGAUAAUUUUUCUCAUUGACUCCUCUCCGGGGUCCUGCUGUUCAGGUUUGGUUUUAGGAAACUGUGCAUGUCUGUCAACCGUGUAGCAUAGCAACCAGCUUUGUUUGCGGCUAACAGAGCAACGAGUUGUUUCAUGCAAAUUCUCUUAAACUCAUGAGUCUUUGCAGGUACUGUCAUGCUGUAGCACCCCUCAGAGAGCUCUAGUUGAAGGCACUUGCAUUUGUUGUCGAGGUGAAGGCUGUGGUGUCUGUCUAGGCAGCAAAGAUGAAAUCCAUGUGAUUGCACUCUGCCUAGUUCCUCUGUUGUUUCUGCGUUCCAAUGCGCACUUGUAGAUCAAGAUCUAGAGUUGGCUGGUGAUUCACAAUCAAGAGAAAUAUUCGUAGAAUGUGUAAAAUCCUAAUUUAUUGG